GUAUUUAACGUCAUCCCAGUGUAGUUAGGGUCUGAGCAGAGAGGUAAACAACAGCACGCUGGGUUUAAAGUCUCAUUAAAAUGCGCUUAUACGAAUAAAAACAACAUGGUGUUUAUAAGAAUCUGCAGACUGCUUCCUACUUCAGUGUCACUGGUGUCACCAAGAGUUAUUAUCACCCGCAGCAGCAGCCGCAGCAUGGCCUCCUCAGACCCGGCGGCAGCGGCCCCAGACCCGGCAGCAGCAGCAGAGACGACCCGCUUCGACUUCCUGGUGAUCGGCGGUGGGUCCGGAGGUCUGGCCGGAGCUCGGAGGGCGUCGGAGCUCGGAGCGACCACCGCCGUGAUCGAGAGCCACAGACUCGGAGGUACCUGCGUCAAUGUUGGCUGUGUCCCAAAGAAGGUUAUGUGGAAUGCAGCGGUUCACGCCGAGUAUCUCCACGAUCAUGGUGAUUACGGCUUUGACGUUGGAAAUGUUCGUUUCAGUUGGGAAGCUCUCAAGGCCAAAAGGGAUGCUUAUGUUAGUCACCUAAAUCGCAUUUAUCGCAACAAUCUUGACAAAGCUAAAAUCCAAACUAUUCAAGGUCACGCCACGUUUACAAAUGAUCGUGAGCCGACUGUGGAGGUCAAUGGAAGAAAAUACACAGCGCCUCACAUCCUCAUCUCUACUGGAGGGCAGCCUACUGUUUUGACUGAUUCUGAAGUUCCAGGGGCAAAUUAUGGCAUUACCAGCGAUGGCUUUUUUGAACUUGAAUCUCUGCCAAAGCGCACUGUGAUUGUGGGUGCCGGUUAUAUUGCAGUGGAGAUGGCAGGCAUCCUCUCCACCCUGGGCUCCAAAACAUCCCUCAUUAUUCGACAGACGGGAGUUUUGAGGAACUUUGACAGCUUCAUAAGCACAAACUGCACCAAAGAGCUGCACAACUCUGGUGUGGAUCUGUGGAAGAACUCUCAGGUGACUUCGGUGUGUAAAACGGACCGGGGGCUGGAGGUGACACUCGUCACCAAAGACCCGGAGAAGAAGAACGACGAGGAGAAGAUCAGCAAAAUCCAGGAAGUGGACUGCCUCCUCUGGGCCAUCGGCAGGCAGCCCAACACUUCUGGACUGAACAUCGGCGAGAUGGGUGUGGAUACAGAUGAACGAGGCCACAUCGCUGUGGAUGAGUUUCAGAACACCAGCAGACAAGGGAUCUACGCUGUAGGGGACGUUUGUGGCAAAGCUCUCCUCACACCUGUUGCCAUAGCUGCAGGCAGGAAGCUGGCACACAGACUGUUUGAGGGCAAGAAGGACUCCAAGUUGGACUACUCGAGUAUCCCCACAGUGGUGUUCAGCCACCCUCCCAUCGGCACGGUGGGCCUCACAGAAGAGGAGGCCAUUAAAUCCAGAGGAAAGGAGAAUGUGAAGGUCUACAAGACUUCUUUCACUCCGAUGUAUCACGCCAUCACGAGCAGGAAGAGUCAGUGCAUCAUGAAGCUGGUGUGUGAGGGCAAGGAGGAGAAGGUGGUGGGUCUGCACAUGCAGGGCCUGGGCUGUGAUGAGAUGCUGCAGGGCUUCGCUGUGGCCAUCAAAAUGGGUGCUACCAAAGCAGACUUUGACAAGACCGUCGCCAUUCACCCCACCUCGUCUGAGGAGUUUGUCACGAUGCGUUAACACAAACACAAACUCCCCCCCCCCCCCUUGCUUCCCUAUACGACCAGUAACUGUACCACUCUCGCAUCAGCUUGACGACUUGCUUUCUAAAACUACAUACUUCCAUUUUCUCUCACUUAAAGUGACCUUACAUGUGCGCAGUGUUUCAUCUUUUCUAAUUUAUACCUAAAUGGACCAAGACCGAGUUAUGGCCUCCUUAAAGUGUACUGUGGGUCUUGAUUAUUGAUUGAAUUUUCCAUUUUAAUCAUUGUGAAAUGGAAGUGAUGGAUCUGCAGGUAUUGUUGUCAAGUUAUUGCAUGGGAAAUCAAAAAGACCUCUUUCCUAGUGUAUGUGUUUGAUUUGUGAGUAAUUUGUCAGAUGAAUAUAUUACAAACACUGCUGCUCCUUACGGUACCUAUUUACUACCAAUGCAAGGUCAUAACAUAUCUAAUGUACUGUUCUAAAGAUUCAAUAAACACGCAGGGUUUUUUCUUAA